CCGACACGAGCUGCAUCAUUUCCGUUUUGACAGUUGGCGGGACCUCUUCACGUGUGUAGCUAGUUGCUUGUUUACUGAGUUUGAGAACUUGCAUUCAAGAGGCACCGCUGAUAAAAAUCAUACGACAAUGAUGGCUAAAAACGGAAAGGACGCCUGUGGAAUAAAUGGUGACGUGCCAUCGGUAUCUUCACACUGCAGCAACGAAGCUUUUGCUAACAAGCCACACUCCGCUGUGGUGAACGGAGCAGCAACGGAGGCAUCGUCUCAUCCAAGGCUGCAGAACGGAGGAACCGGGGCGGAGAGGUUCACCUUCAGCCCCGAGCCCACAAUUGAGGACAUUCGGCGGAUGCAGGCGGAGUUCACGGACGAGCGGGACUGGAAUCAGUUUCACCAGCCCCGCAACCUGCUCCUGGCUAUGGUCGGUGAAGUGGGCGAGGUGUCGGAGCUCUUCCAGUGGCGGGGGGAGGUGGCCGAGGGCCUGCCGAACUGGACCGAGUGCGAGCGAGAGCAGCUGGCACAGGAACUCAGCGACGUGAUGAUCUACCUGGUGGAGCUCGCCGAGAAGUGUCACGUCGACCUUCCCCAAGCGGUGCUUCGUAAAAUGGCCCUGAACCGACUGAAAUACCCCGCCAGCAAGGUGCACGGAUCGGCCAAAAAGUACACCGAGUACAAGGACUGAGUUUAGGUGUUAAGAAGCAGAGGUCAACCAGGGGACGCAGGCAGUGACUGCUGUGGCCUGCUGUGCUCACUUCACUGGCAACAUGCUGCAGUUUGAUUAUGGCCAGGCCCACUACUGAACAUGUUAUCCCUGGGUUCAAAUGUUUUUGUUUUCUGGGUUGACUUGUUACUUGUAACUCUCUAUCUAACUAUCUAUACACACACACACACACACACACACACACACACACACACACACACACACACACAAUAUCACCCUUUAGUAGGCAGGGCACUUGGGAGUGAGUGUACAUUUACAGCAUCCUUAGGCUUUUUUAGGUUAACUUUUAAAUGUUUUUAGUCUAAUCAUUGCCUUAGGUGAAUUUGAUUCAAUGCAUACUCUUUGCAGAAAAUAUUACUGUUGUGCAGUGACUUUGGGGAGUAUUUAAAAGAAUAUAUUUCUCACUUAAUUCUUUUUAUGUUUUGGCUCCAGUUUAGGAGUGUGACAGAGUGGAUUAGAGAGUUGAAGCAGAUGAUUGAUGACCAUCCAUGACAAGAUUAAUUGUGAAAUGUGUUUUUUUUUUUUUUGUGUUAUUAGGUUUUUUUGAUUACCCUCAUUUCCCAUCAGGGUUCAACUCAUCUUCUGUUUUGUUCACAUCACAACUGUCAUCUUUUUUUUUUUCUGAAGUAAAAGUUGCUUUAGUUCUGACCUGUGUGUUUUCCGCUCAUUUGUCAUUUAGUCAAAAUUGGCUGUGAUGGGAGCAGUAGCUUGUUUGCUGGCUACAUGAAAGUAAGCACAAGAACUUUGAAAGAAAUAUCCACACAAUAUUCCAGUUUAUUUGAUACACCUAGUGGAGACUAAUGGUCUAAAAUUACAACAGCCUUAAAGUAAAUCCUAAUUUCAUGAAGGCUGUAUAGCUUAUGUUAAAACAAUUUUAGAGAGGUUUUGUUUAAAUUGUAUGGUCAUUUUGGAGGCUAUAGUCUGUGAGUCCAGUCUGGUUCUGGUUGUUGAUUAACGCAGAUUGGCUCUCAUAAGGGGCUGGAUGGGUGAUGCGUGGCAUGCUGCCAUCAGUCCAUGAGGCAAAUGUCUGUGAUCACUCCACAUUUUAAUUGUGAUAUUUAGUGAGUAAAAUCUGAAUCUGCAAUGUCUCUUUCAGGUAAAUGUAGUAACGCAAUAUUUUCCUCUGAAGUAGAAGUACACUGUAAGUCAGUAGUAGGCUAUACAGUGUGGUUGUAUAUUAAGUGCUUUGGGAUCCUUCUGUAUGUAAUUUUGGGGUACAAUGGUUCUAAAGAAAGCUUCAAGCAGCAAUACCACAUGAGUUGACUCUACCGAUCGAUAUAUUCCACCAUUGAAACUGAUAAAUCUUUCAUCAAAAA